UCUUAAUCUUCCCUAUAUAGCUCCUUCAAUGGCGUCUUCAGGUGUUAAGGGAGACAAGUAUCGUUUUUUCUUAAACGAUGAAGAUGAGAAGAAUACCACCUGGAAAUUCGGUACUCCUCCUACUUAUGAGGCUGUCAACAAGCUCUUUGAAGAAGGCAGAAUUAAGAUAUGGCCGGCUGGGUCACUUGAAGAAAAAGUUCAGAAUCUUGUCAAGGCAUGGGAAACUGAAAUCAUGCACAAGAAGGAGAUCAAAGAUUUUAAAACAAUCGACACAAACAACUAUACUUUCAGCCUAAAUGGACGGAAAGCAUUGAAUAUGCAAGAAAUCGGAAAGCUUGGUGGAGCAUACAAUCCGCAUCUGCAAACUUCGUUACCAAAAGAGUUGAGAGUCUACGAUCCUGAAGAAGAAACAUCAGUUUCAUCUCACACUGCCUUCACCACAACUUUUCCUAGAGGAUUUGCUUUGGAGGUUUUCCAGGUUUACAGUGGACCUCCAGUUAUUGCUUUCAAGUUCAGGCACUGGGGUUACAUGGAGGGUCCAUUCAAGGGCCAUGCCCCCACUGGAGACUUGAUAGAAUUCUAUGGCAUGUGCAUCUUUGAGGUGAAUGAAGAGAUGAAAGUUGUGAAGGUGGAGUUCUUUUAUGAUCGUGGAGAAUUGCUUGGAGCUCUUCUCAAAGGUGCUAAAAUGGAUGGCUCUGUUGAAGAAGCAACUUCAAGCUGUCCAGUCCUCAGGAGCACUGGCUAAAAGUAACGUUUUAUGAAAUUGAUCAAUUAAAAAAAAA